AUGUCCUCGUCAUCUGGUACUCCGGAAUCUUGGAUUUCCUCCUUCUGCUCUCUCCUAGGUCACGAAUAUUUCGCAGAAGUGUCCGAAGAAUUUAUCGAAGAUGACUUCAACCUAACUGGAUUGCAGACCCAGGUCGCGAUGUAUAAGGAAGCUUUGGAGAUGAUACUCGACGUUGAACCCGAGGACGACGAUGAAGAGGAUGAGGAAGAAGAUGAUGAAGAGGAUGAAUCCAUCGAGGGUGUUGACCGUCCGCGACACGGCGAACGGCGUAACCAUAGUCGAAUAGCUAGUGAUUUAUCCGUUAUCGAGUCCUCCGCCGAGAUGCUCUACGGCCUGAUCCAUCAGCGCUUUAUCUGCUCGCGAGCAGGUAUUCAACAAAUGUCGGAGAAGUAUGAGUUAGGUCACUUUGGCGUAUGUCCCCGGAGUCAUUGUGAACAGUCUCGGACUCUCCCCGUUGGACUCUCUGAUAUACCUGGCGAGGAAACAGUCAAGCUUUUCUGUCCUUGUUGUCUCGAUGUCUACGUACCUCCCAACAGCCGUUUCCAGACUGUAGAUGGUGCUUUUUUUGGCCGCACGUUUGGCGCACUCUUCCUACUAACUUUUCCCGAAUACGACCUUACAAAACGAGGUGCUGAUGUACUAGCAAACGCGCGCGUGAGCGACGAUGAUAAGGAGAUGCUUAAUGGCAUGUACACAUGCAAUAUUGCACCUGGUCUGGGCAGCACCAAGAUAUACGAGCCCCGUAUUUACGGCUUUCGCGUUUCGGAGGUUGCGCGCUCAGGUCCACGAAUGCAGUGGCUACGAGAUAAACCGGAUAAUAUUUCAGAACUAGAUGAAGCGCGCCACCAUGCAGAGACCAACCCGGAUAGCGAGGAUGAUGACGAAAGUAUGAAUUUGAAUGGACGGCCCGUGCGAAGACUACGGCCGCGAAGACGACAUGGCCAAGGGGGAAGCCCCAUGGCUAUAGAGGCGAACGGGGCAGAAUCAGAGCUCUAG